UUGACUGUGUGUAAGCAGGGGCAUCUUCUCUGCCAAAAACCUCAGCGCCUUAAGUUGAUGUUUUACAGGAUCCACGGUACCAUUGCUAAACCACUCCUUCACUCCCUGAGGCAACUUAUUUUGUUACGUAAUUCCCGAAAAUUUACGUCCAAAAUGUCUUUCCAGUACCCACAGGCUUACCGCGAUGAUGCAGUUGUGGAUGACUAUCAUGGCUACAAAGUACCAGACCCAUACAGCUGGCUGGAAGACCCGGACAGUGAAAAGACACAGGCCUUUGUCACUGCUCAGAACCAGCUGACUUUGCCGUUUUUAGAGCGCUGUGAGGUGCGAGACUUGUUUAAAGAACGCAUGACGGAGCUGUAUGACUACCCCAAGUAUAGCUGCCCCUUCAAAAGGGGGAGCAGGUACUUUCACUUCUACAACACAGGCCUCCAAAAUCAGAGUGUGAUGUAUGUGCAGGAGAGCCUAGAUGCCGAGCCCACAAUCUUUUUGGAUCCAAACACGUUUUCAGAUGAUGGAACAGUUGCACUGCGAGGUUAUGCGUUCUCUGAGGAUGGGGAGUACCUGGCUUACGGCACCAGUGCCAGCGGUUCAGACUGGGUUGAGAUCCGCUUCCUGCGGGUGGAGGAUGCCGCGCCAAUGGAGGACCGUCUGGAGCGAGUCAAGUUCAGUUGUAUGUCCUGGACUCAUGAUGGAAAGGGCCUUUUUUACAACUCAUAUCCCGAACAGGAGGGCAAGAGUGACGGAACUGAGACCUCCACAAACCUGCACCAGAAGCUGUACUUCCAUGUGUUGGGGACUCCUCAGUCUGAGGAUGUACUUUGUGCCGAGUUCCCUGACCACCCGAAAUGGAUGAGUGGAGCAGAGGUAUCAGAUGAUGGCCGCUAUGUGCUGCUGUCUAUCAGGGAAGGUUGUGAUCCCGUCAACAGACUGUGGUAUUGUGAUCUUCAGACCACUCCUCAGGGUAUUACAGGACUUUUGCCAUGGGUGAAGCUAAUUGACAACUUUGACGCUGAAUAUGAGUACGUAACCAACGAGGGCACACUGUUCACCUUCAAGACCAACCUGGACGCCCCACGUUACCGCCUCAUUAACAUCGACUUCGCCUCUCCAGCUCAGAGCAACUGGAAGGAGCUCAUCCCUCAACAUGACAAGGAUGUUAUCGUUUUUGCCACCUGUACGUACUCCAGCUACCUGUUUGUGUGUUUCCUCCACGACGUGAAGAAUGUGUUGAAAAUGUAUCGUCUGAGCUCGGGGGAGGAGCUGAGGACUUUCCCUCUGGACGUCGGCUCUGUGGUGGGUUUCACAGGACGGAAGAGGGACUCUGAGAUCUUCUACUAUUUCACCUCCUUCCUCUCCCCAGCCAUCAUUUAUCACUGCGACCUCACAAAGGAGCCGCUCCAGCCUCACAUCUUCAGAGAGGUCACAGUCAAAGGCUUCAACCCGUCUGAAUACCAGACCACACAGAUCUUCUAUCCCUCUAAGGAUGGCACUCAGAUCCCCAUGUUUAUCGUCCACAAGAAGGGAAUCAAACUGGACGGUUCCCAUCCAGGUUUUCUUUACGGCUAUGGUGGUUUUAACAUCUCCAUCACACCGAGCUACAGCGUCUCCCGACUCAUCUUUGUCAGACAUCUCGGGGGAGUCCUGGCUGUGGCUAACAUACGAGGAGGAGGAGAGUACGGGGAGACCUGGCACAAAGCUGGCAUGCUGGCCAACAAGCAGAACUGCUUCACAGACUUCCAGUGUGCUGCUGAAUAUCUCAUCAAGGAGGGAUACACUUCUCCUUCCAAGCUGACUAUAAACGGAGGCUCCAAUGGUGGCCUGCUAGUGGCGGCCUGUGUGAACCAGCGGCCCGAGCUGUUCGGCUGUGCUGUGGCUCAGGUCGGUGUCAUGGACAUGCUGAAGUUUCACAAGUUCACCAUCGGCCACGCAUGGACCACAGACUUUGGCUGCUCAGAAGACAAAGAGCAGUUUGAGUGGCUCAUCAAAUACUCCCCCCUCCAUAACAUCCACGUCCCAGAAGACAACGGGGUCCAGUACCCGGCCGUGCUCCUGCUCACAGGGGACCACGAUGAUCGUGUGGUGCCUCUGCACUCCCUCAAGUACAUCGCCACCCUGCAGCACACCGUGGGCCGCAGCUCCAAGCAGAUGAACCCUCUGUUCAUCCUUGUUGACACAAAGUCAGGCCACGGCGCCGGCAAGCCAACCAGCAAGGUCAUCCAGGAGGUGGCCGACACGUACGCCUUUAUCGCUCGCUGUCUGAACAUCAGCUGGGUCAAAUAACCUGGAUCCCCUGUUACUGUGUGUAUGUUUGCGGUUUUAUUUUCCCUGUUUGUCAUCCACAGGCAUCGUUGGAAUACGGUUCACACAUUGUUUCUGUCUUUACAUCAACAUGUAUGUCUCUGUAUGUCUUUUUUUUGUCUUUGUGUUUACCUUAAGCCCCUUUCACACAUGCCCUGCAUAUUCCUGACAUCUUUGUAUCCGUUCACCAGGACUUUUAUGCAGACUUUUAUCCCUGGAGUGCCCUAGUUCAAAGUCGGUGAAAAGUCGGUGUAGGACAAAGUGGUUUCUAAAGAGGCAUUUUGAAGCCAAACGAUGGUUUGGAGUUUUUAUCUCAACCUAACGAUCAUUAUAGAAACAAGCAAGAAUAAAGCUGAUGCUGACCUCUAGCCUCCUUGAAAACAGUUAUAACACAUGCAUCUGUCUGUCAGCCAAGCCAAAACUCCCAAAUCUAUGAAUAACUCCUGUUUUUUUUAUCGAAACAGAUAAGUUAUGACGAUAGUUUGUCCGAAUGCAGUGUAAAAAAAGAUAAUGAACUAUAGGUGCUAUAUUAUGGGGAUUGAUGGGGAUUUCUUGACUUUUAGAGCCAGCCUCAAGUGGACGCUCAAGGAACUGCAGUUUUUUUAAUACAUUGGCUUUAUUGCACAACAACAGAAGUUGCCCCUUUAUGUAAACAUGGCAUGUAAUUUUCAGGGCUGUUUCAGGGAGUUUUGCUACUUUCCAGUCUUUACUGCUCGCCUCAGCUCAGCUCAGUUUCUGCUUUUGCCUUUGUAAUGCAACAACAUCAUAUAAGGUCUGAAAUUGUCCUGCUGUGAAGGACAUGUGUGACAGGGCCAGUCCAGAACACGUCAGGACCUCAAUGUUUGAAAAUUGUCAGGAGUUCAUUUGUGAACAGGCUUAGUUUUGCCCCUCUAAGUGUGAGCCUGUUAAGAUGCAGGCUCUUCAGGAUCUUAGCCAACAUAUAGCACUCUCCUGUCAGCCAUUUUUGUAGUCCUAUGAGCGAUAGGACAAGUUUAUUAUCGAUGGGUGUUUAAAAGGAGGGCAUUUCUUCACGGAUACUCUAAUCAGCCAAUCAGCUGUUACAGUCAUGAGGUAAAAAUGGCAAAUGUUUAUUUCAAAGUCAUUUCUGGGUCACCUUCGCGCUUCAACACUAUACAUUUAUUUAUUUUGUGCAGGGGACAGAGGCUGUUGGAUGUUCAUCUUUAGCAUGUAUAAAUCUGACAGCACAGUCUAAAAUGUUAAUGCUGUAAGUCAACAGUAUUGCUAUGGGUGUGUGCAAAAAAGGAAAGACAUCGUGUGGAAGAGUGUGAGUAUGUUUAAAUGUCAGUCCCUGCUUUUCUUUCAGACUGAUGAUGAUUUCUACCUCCUGACAUGUGCUGAUUGUUUACCUUUAAAAGGGAACAAAACACAAUGCCACAAGUUCAAUAAACAACUUUUUAAACAGUGA